UUCCGGUGCCCGCGGGAGGCGGCGGCAGGCACUUCUGCAGAGCAGGGCUGAGCGUGAGCCAGGUCCUGGAAGCAGAGGGACUGCAGUGAAUCCUCCUUCCUUCCUUCCUCCCUGUGUGGCAGGACGGGAUCUGCAGUGAGGUGCAGAGAGCUGCUGCAGCCCGGAGCUCCCGCUGUUCCCUGGAGAGCCACCGACUUAGCGGGAUAAAAAAGGCUCUCAAUCAAUCCCAGGGACCUGCUGCUGGCUGGGACCACCAUGACGGACUCCAAGUACUUCACCACCACCAAGAAAGGGGAGAUAUUUGAGCUGAAGGCUGAGCUGAACAGUGACAAGAAGGAGAAGAAGAAGGAGGCUGUGAAGAAGGUGAUCGCCUCCAUGACUGUGGGCAAGGACGUCAGCGCUCUCUUCCCGGACGUGGUGAACUGCAUGCAGACAGACAACCUGGAGCUGAAGAAGCUGGUCUACCUCUACCUGAUGAACUAUGCCAAGAGCCAACCAGACAUGGCCAUCAUGGCAGUGAACACCUUUGUGAAGGACUGCGAGGACCCAAACCCGCUGAUCCGGGCUCUGGCCGUGCGGACCAUGGGCUGCAUCCGUGUGGAUAAAAUCACGGAGUAUCUCUGUGAGCCCCUGCGGAAGUGCCUCAAGGACGAGGACCCCUACGUGCGCAAGACGGCCGCCGUCUGCGUGGCCAAGCUGCACGACAUCAACGCCCAGCUGGUGGAGGACCAGGGCUUCCUGGACACCCUGAAGGAUCUCAUCUCCGACUCCAACCCCAUGGUGGUGGCCAACGCGGUGGCGGCUCUGUCGGAAAUAGCCGAGUCCCACCCCAGCAGCAACCUCCUGGACCUCAACCCCCAGUCCAUCAACAAGCUGCUCACAGCCCUCAACGAGUGCACUGAGUGGGGCCAGAUCUUCAUCCUGGACUGCCUGGCCAACUACAUGCCCAAGGAUGACCGGGAAGCCCAGAGCAUCUGCGAGCGGGUGACGCCGCGCCUGUCCCACGCCAACUCCGCCGUGGUGCUCUCGGCCGUGAAGGUGCUGAUGAAGUUCAUGGAGAUGCUUUCCAAGGACCUGGAUUAUUAUGGGACGCUCCUGAAGAAGCUGGCCCCGCCCCUGGUGACCCUGCUGUCCGCAGAGCCCGAGCUGCAGUACGUGGCUCUCCGCAACAUCAACCUCAUCGUGCAGAAGAGGCCUGAGAUCCUGAAGCACGAGAUGAAGGUGUUCUUUGUGAAGUACAACGACCCCAUCUACGUCAAACUGGAGAAACUGGACAUCAUGAUCCGCUUGGCCUCCCAGGCCAACAUAGCUCAGGUGCUGGCAGAGCUCAAGGAAUACGCCACGGAGGUGGAUGUGGAUUUUGUGCGGAAGGCGGUGAGAGCCAUCGGCCGCUGUGCCAUCAAGGUGGAGCAAUCGGCCGAGCGCUGUGUCAGCACCCUCCUGGACCUCAUCCAGACCAAGGUCAACUACGUGGUGCAGGAGGCCAUCGUGGUCAUCAAGGACAUCUUCCGCAAGUACCCCAACAAGUACGAGAGUGUCAUUGCCACCCUGUGUGAGAACCUGGACUCCCUGGAUGAGCCCGAGGCCAGGGCUGCCAUGAUCUGGAUCGUGGGGGAAUACGCCGAGCGCAUCGACAACGCCGACGAGCUGCUGGAGAGCUUCCUGGAGGGAUUCCACGAUGAGAGCACCCAGGUUCAGCUCCAGCUGCUCACGGCCAUCGUGAAGCUGUUCCUGAAGAAGCCCACGGAGACCCAGGAGCUGGUGCAGCAGGUGCUCAGCCUGGCCACACAGGACUCGGACAACCCCGACCUGCGGGACCGGGGCUACAUCUACUGGCGCCUGCUGUCCACGGACCCGGUGGCCGCCAAGGAGGUGGUGCUGGCGGAGAAGCCGCUCAUCUCGGAGGAGACGGACCUGAUCGAGCCCACGCUGCUGGACGAGCUCAUCUGCCACAUCGGCACGCUGGCCUCGGUGUACCACAAACCCCCCGGGGCCUUCGUGGAGGGCGGCAGGGGCGUCGUGCACAAGAGUUUGCCCCCGCGCACCGGAUCGAGCGAGAGCGCCGAGAGCCCGGACACGGCUCCCUCGGGGGCGCCGGCGGCGGAUCAGCCCUCGGUGAUCCCCACGCAGGGGGACCUGCUGGGGGACCUGCUCAACCUGGACCUGGGCCCCCCCGUGAGCGGCCCACCCGUGGCCACCUCCUCCGUGCAGAUGGGCGCCGUGGACCUCCUCGGGGGGGGCCUGGACAGCCUGAUGGGGGACGAGUCGGAAGGGCUGCGAAGCGAUGUGGGAGGCAGCCCUGCUAUGGGCAGUGGCAGCGGCGGCUUCGCUCCAGCUCCCGGCGCCGCGGUGCCCUCCAACACGGGGGCACCCCUGGGCAGCGGCCUGGGGGACCUCUUCGACCUCACUGGUGGCGUGGGGACCCUCUCAGGAUCCUACGUGGCUCCCAAAACGGUCUGGCUCCCUGCCAUGAAAGCCAAGGGGCUGGAGAUCUCUGGCACCUUCAGCAGGCAGGUGGGCUCCAUCUCCAUGGACCUCGUGCUGACCAACAAAGCCCUGCAGGUCAUGUCCGACUUCGCCAUCCAGUUCAACCGCAACAGCUUUGGCCUGGCCCCAGCAGCUCCUCUCCAGGUCCACGCCCCGCUGGCCCCCAACCAGUCCGUGGAGAUCUCCCUCCCCCUGAACACCGUCGGCUCCGUCAUGAAGAUGGAUCCCCUCAACAACCUCCAGGUGGCGGUGAAGAACAACAUCGACGUCUUCUACUUCAGCACCCUGUACCCCCUGCACAUCCUCUUCGUGGAGGACGGCAAGAUGGAGAGGCAGAUGUUCCUGGCCACUUGGAAGGACAUUCCCAACGAGAACGAGACCCAGUUCCAGAUCAAAGACUGUUCCCUCAACGCAGAUUCCGUGAGCAGCAAACUCCAAGGCAGCAACAUCUUCACCAUCGCCAAGAGGAACGUGGAGGGCCAGGACAUGCUCUACCAGUCCCUGAAGCUCACCAACGGCAUCUGGGUGCUGGCAGAGCUCCGGAUCCAGCCCAGCAAUCCCAGUUUCACGGAUUUGGAGUUAUCCCUGAAAUGCCGAGCUCCAGAGGUGUCCCAGUACGUCUACCAAGCCUAUGAGACCAUCCUGAAGAACUGAGGUGCUGCUGCAGCCCUUCCUCUUCUUCCUCCUCCUCCUCCUCCUCCUCCGCUCCCUUUCCCGCCCGAGGCAGCGGGGCCGGAUCCAUGUGCAUGUCUCCUUUCCUUCCUGCCAAGGAAGCAGCCCCUGGGACUCUCCCCUUGCUGGUGGGGCUGGGGGGGGGCACAGGGGGGCAGAGGGGCUGCCCCCAGGCCCUGAUCCCCGUAGCAAUCCGUGUGUGAGCGGUGCCGUGUCCUCCUUGCUGGGGUCGCUCCCUCAGGAUUCCCUGUUUUCACCCUCUGGGAGCUGCUGUACCUGGGGGAGGGGGAAGGGGGGGCAAAAACCCACUUCCCCACUCACCCUGGGUCUCUUGGAGUGGUGUCUGAUGGUGGGUUCAGCAUUCCAAACCCUGGGAAUAGCACCUGGGGGCUCUCAGCCAGCCUGGUUGGGGCCCUAAGUGCUGUGGGAUGGGGGGGCUCUGGCUGCUGAUCCCACUGGAGCCCUGGGAUUUGGGGCUCAGUGUGCCUGGAGCAGGUGGAAAACAGCGUUGGCUCCUUUCCCCUCUCUUCCUCGUUUUGUCCCCUGGUUCAGCAGAGCCGUGGGUGAGCCCCCAGCCCUUCAGAGAGGGUCUCCUUCCCAUGGGAGCCCUUCCCAAAGCUCCCAGAAGGGCUCGAGGAGCUCAAAUUCGAGGCUGUACUUAAUGUGCAGGUAAAAAAAAAAAAAAAGGGCUUUUCCAGCCCCCUCCAGCCCCCCCUGUGGAGCUGGGAGGGCUCUGAGUGUCCCCUCAGCCCCUUCCCACCCCUCAGCUCCCUCUGGAUGGUUCCCUGGGGGUGACACUGCUCCUUCCCCUCCCAAAUCAAGCCAUGGGUCCCCCCUCCCUCGAAGCAGGAAAUCUCUAAUAUAUGGAAGAUAAAUCUA